UAUCAACAAUACCAAGCAAAGAAAAGCUUUCUGAUUAAGCAAAAGCCAAUCCUCCCACCAAAUAUGCCGUUAGAAAGAGAGCUAUGGCAUGGAACUAAUGAGACUGCCAUGGAUAUGAUUAUCUGUCAUGGGUUUAACCGAAGUUAUGCUGGUGAUAAUGCCGGUAAACCGUGGUUCGGACAGGGCGUUUACUUUGCCAGUGAUGCCUCGUAUUCGGCUAGAUCUUGGAUGACCGGUGCAGGAAUAGGGAAAAAAGGUUAUGUGUUUUUGGUCAAAGCUUUAACGGGUCACUUGUGCCCAGGGAAGCAAGGCUUGCGGGUUCUUCAACCAGUAGAUAAGGCAAAGGAUCCGCUAGUUAUGUACGACUGCGCAGUCGACAAGCUGGCUAACCCUAUGGAGUUCGUGAUAUUUUCCGACACGCAGGCCUACCCAGCGUACCUUCUCACAUUUUCAAGUGGAUAAUCAUCGGAUGUUGUUUCAGUAACCAUAGUCAAUAAAUGGGAAACAACUUAUUGAAUGUAAUACUAGUGUUGCACAUGUUUUAUUUCAUUGUGUUUUGGACUUGAAACACUCUAGACGUGAUUCUUAAUGUCUGAUUUAUAAGUUGAUGUAAAAUUGUUCCGAAUGUGUACUCUAUGUACAGACCCAUUUAAAAUUAUAUUCAAUUAAAUAACUUGUUUACUCAUUUUAAUACUUUUGAAUGAGCAUGCUGUGAUUUUUUAAUCGGAAUAAGUUUACUAGUUUAUUCAAAUUUAAAAAAAACCAUAUUUAUAUAAAGAUUUUCGUAUAGUAUUGGUCGCCUAAAAAUGCUGAUAACGGUUAUAAAUCACAUGUAUUGUAGGUCAUUUAUGAAUUUGUAUUGUCUGUGAGUUAUCAGUUUAUGGACAAUUGUUUCGAAUUUGUACUUUAGGUUCAGACCUUUAAAACGUUAUUCAAUUUAAUAACAUGCUUACACAUUUUUAUACUUUUGAAUGAUUGCGCUGUGAUGUUAAUCAGAAUAAGUUUAUUAGUAUAUUCAAAAGUAAAAACAUGUUUUCGUAAAGUGUUGGUCGCCCAAAAAAGCUGAUAACGGUUGUUAGACACAUGCAGUGUAAGUGAUUCAUGAGUAUGUAAUGUAUGUGCAUUUUCUCUACCAUAACGUUACUCUUAUAGUAUGUAUAUUUUUAAAGUGCUUGUAAUUAACCGAUGUUUAAAUCAUAAUGCAUUAUAUAACAAUGAUAUGUUUUGUUAAUGUUGCAAUGUAUUUGUAUAAAUAAUAUGUUCUGUUGUUAUCUGAAGAUUACAAGCUUGAAAAUCA